GAAUUUCAGAAUUCUAAGCCUCAAUCAAAAGACAGUCUGUGUACAGUUAUACAAGUGAAAAGUAAUUGUAAACUGGAUUUUUCUUAUUGACUGAUAACUAACAUGGACGACGAGACUAACAUUCCGAUGAUUUUGAGAAAGAAGAUACCAAAAAAAUUUGAAGAAAUUAAGAAUGGAGAUUAUACCUUUGAUGACUACUACUACCCUGUACAUUUGUACUUGCGUGAAAACGAUGUAAGAGUUGAAGAAAAUAGUAGUGAAAUUUCUCAGUUUCUAAAGGGAAAGAAUGUUUUAGUUACAGGAGGCACAGGAUUUCUUGGAAAACUAUUAGUCGAAAAACUAAUAAGAUCAUGCAAAGAUAUUGGUAAAGUUUACAUAAUUAUAAGACAGAAAAAAGGAAAAGACUUCCAAGUUCGAACUAAGGAAUUUUUGGAUAACUGGGUGUUUUAUAAGCUGGCAGAAAUUUAUCCAGAUUUCCGAAAAAAAAUUGUUGCACUUAGUGGUGAUUUUGCUGAAGAAGAUCUAGGAUUGUCUGAAGAAUCUAGACAAAUUAUAUACGAUAAUGUAAACAUUAUAUACCAUGCAGCUGCAACCAUACGAUUCGAUGAGAAAAUCAAGACGGCUGUGGAUAUAAACAUUAAAGGAACAAGAGAAAUCAUUAGGAUCGCAAAACGCUGUAAAAAUUUUGAUGUGUUCACGUAUAUAAGCACGGCAUAUUCAAACUGCCAUAUGAAACGAAUAGGCGAACAACUCUAUCAACCUGUCAUGGAUCCAGAUUUACUAAUUCAGGUCACUGAUAAAACUCCAGAGCCAAUUUUAGCUAGAAUAACACCAGGACUUUUGGGACCUUUACCUAACACCUAUGCUUUCACCAAACAAAUUGCUGAGCAUGUAGUCGGACAAGAGGCUUUAGGUAUACCUGCCUGUGUAUAUCGACCAUCUAUAGUGAUUGCUUCAGUAAAGGAACCUAUACGAUCAUGGAUAGAUAAUAUAUAUGGCCCAGUAGGUCUGAUCCAAGGUGCUGUAAUCGGAUUACUACAUAUAAUGAUCGGUAAUCCAGAAGGCAGGGCAGAUUUAGUCCCAGUAGAUUACGUUAUCAACAGUUGUAUAGCUUCAUCAUAUAAAACAGCCCAGGACAGGUCCUUAUCUGACAUACCAGUGUUCAAUUAUACUACAUCCGACACAAAUGCUCUAUUAUGGAAACAUCUGGUACUGUGUACUUACCAAGGAUGGAAAGUAGGCUCGGAAAAACUCUUGUGGAAAUACUUUUUCAGGUUUACCAAUAACAAGUACAUAUUUCGGACACUGCAUUUCCUGUUAGAGAUCAUACCAGCACAUAUAAUUGAUUUCACGGCUGUCAGAGCGGGCAAAAAAGCAAUGCUAGUGAAAAUUCACGAGAAAAUUGGGAAAUUUGUAGAUGUACUGAGUUACUUCACUCUAGGAGAAUGGGAUUUUGACAGAACCAACACCGUGAAUCUGUGGAAUUCAUUAAAUGAGACUGAUAAAAAGAAUUUUGCCUUCGAUAUGGACAGUCUGGACUGGGUACACUAUUUUGAUACAUAUUUAAUCACUUUAAGAGAGUUUCUCUUGUUAGAAUACUUAGACAAUCAUGAGGCAGGAGCUGCAGUUAUUAGAAGGAAUGCAACGCUUCAUUACGCUACUGUAGUAAUUCUUAACGUACUUUCUGUAUACUUUUUGUUGAAUACCAUUUUCUUUUUCGUUCCUGUUGGUAUCAUUUCAAUUACUAUCUAUUACUUGUAUGACCACUACAUGUCUGUGGACAGAUAUAUAAGAAGCAAAGGCCGCAAAUAACAAAAUUAUAGCACAGUUUAAAGAAUAUAGACUUUAAGAUUUUUAUAUCAUC